AUGUCCGAUAUCAUUGCUCUCUACUUGUAUCCUCCAACUGAUCCCACGGGGGCAUCCACUGAUGGUGGGCCACUCCUGGGUGGAAGCGAUCCUGCAUUAUAUGAGGGAGCACUGAAGUAUGUCGACUCUUCUAUGGGCAAAGGUUACAGGAUGAAUAUUGCCAAGCUACGAGUCGGUGAUGUGAUUAUGACUUGUGGUAUCAAUAUGAACUUAGACCUCGACACCGGCGCCAACUAUCUAUAUGUCCCGGAUUCAUACUAUGAUCGUCUUAUCAAGGUUAUUGGAUCUCAAACUAACAAGGCUGCGGAUAAGCAUAUCGAUUUCAAGUUCGAUUCAAAAGAUGAGACAUGGUCCCUCCCUUGCCAAUACAUGAGCCAGUUGCCACUGUUGAUGUUUGCCUUAUGCCCUCAGGGCUUAACCCCAUUUACGAUGACAUUCAUGAACUAUGCCGUGGAUCACAAUGAUAUAUGUCUAGUGACUAGACUCUAG